GGAGCCGUCGAUACUUAGAGUAACACGUCACUUAACAGUGAAUACAAGCCGGUGCCUGGCUCCCAUUUUUAUUUUUAUUUUUUUAUUGCUUCACAUGUUUUUUGAUAAUAACUUAAACACUCAUUGAUUCGGACGUCACUCUGAUAUUGAAGGGGUUACACCCAGUGAGAUAUGCAACAGCUAACCAAAAGGACAAGAUGAGAAAGGACAGGACAUGGGAAAUGAGCAAGGCAAUGCUACUGAUGAGUGUUGCGGUGCGAUGCCUUUUAGAGUGUCUAAACACCUGUAAGAACCUGUGAGUUGUGAGACCACAGAGAACCCCCUCCCUUGGCCACCACUGACCACCACCUAGCGACCAGAACAGGGCACAGAAGGCAGGCCCGUCCAAGAUGGGAGGCGUUGACACCCUACCAUAGGCCCCAAGUCAGCCGGGGGCCCCAUACAGCCCGAAGGAGAGAGAGGCGAAGACCACGGCCCAGCACCCCGGGGAGAGGGAAGAGGAGGACACAGGCCCAGGAUACAGCACCACAUCCCCCAGACCCCCACCCGGAGACCAGGACGAGGCCCCUGGAGUGAGGCCAGCGGGCACCUACCCGGCAACCAGGGAUGGAGCGCAGCCCCGGGACCAGUUCAGGGUGUACCCCACCUCUCGCUUGCUGAUGGCCACCUACCAGGAAUUCAUCCAGCAGAAUGAGGACAGGGAUGGGGUGAGAUUUAGCUGGAACCUCUGGCCCUCCAGCCGACUAGAAGCAACCAGGCUUGUGGUGCCGGUCUCCUGCCUCUUCACACCGCUCAAGGAGAGGCCUGACCUACCCCCGGUCCAGUAUGAGCCAGUCAUGUGCAGCCGGGCCAACUGCAAGGCAGUGCUCAACCCACUGUGUCAAGUUGACUUCCGAGCAAAGAUUUGGGCCUGCAACUUCUGUUUCCAGAGAAACCCAUUCCCUCCCUCCUAUGCGGGAAUAUCAGAAGUGAACCAACCAGCUGAGCUUAUGCCCCAGUUUUCCACCAUUGAGUACAUAGUACAGCGCGGACCCUCAGCUCCACUGAUCUUCCUCUAUGUAGUUGACACAUGCUUGGAGGAAGAAGACCUCCAGGCUCUGAAGGAAUCCCUUCAGAUGUCCCUCAGUCUUCUGCCUCCCAACGCUUUAGUGGGCCUCAUCACUUUUGGACGCAUGGUCCAGGUUCAUGAGCUCAGUUGUGAGUUGAUCUCCAAGAGUUACGUGUUCAGAGGCACCAAGGAUCUCACCUCCAAACAGAUCCAGGAGAUGUUGGGUUUAACAAAGCCUUCUGCAUCAGGACCGCAAGGAUGCGCUCCUGCACCUCAAGAUGCUGCAUCCUCUUGCAGGUUCCUUCAGCCUGUGCACAAGGUUGAUAUGAAUCUGACCGAUUUACUGGGGGAGCUUCAGCGAGACCCCUGGCCCGUUCCUCAGGGUAAAAGGGCACUCCGAUCCACCGGUGUUGCGCUGUCUGUCGCUGUUGGUCUCCUAGAGGGCACAUUCCCCAAUACGGGUGCUCGUGUGAUGCUGUUCAUCGGCGGCCCCCCCACUCAGGGCCCCGGAAUGGUAGUGGGAGAUGAGCUGAAAACCCCCAUCCGUUCCUGGCAUGACAUCCAGAAGGAUAAUGCUCGCCACUUGAAGAAGGCUACAAAGUACUAUGAAGCCUUAGCCAACCGAUCAGCAGUAAAUGGCCACAGUAUUGAUAUCUACGCCUGUGCUUUGGACCAGACUGGGCUCCUGGAAAUGAAGUGUUUAUCUAAUCUCACUGGGGGACACAUAGUGAUGGGAGACUCGUUCAAUACCUCUUUGUUCAAGCAAACGUUCCAGAGAGUUUUCAACAAAGACUAUAAUGGUGACUUCCGCAUGGUCUUUGGAGGCAUCAUGGAGGUCAAGACUACACGAGAGGUGAAGGUUUGCGGGGCUAUCGGACCUUGUGUAUCGCUCAACUCAAAGGGUUCCUGUGUAUCAGAGAAUGAGAUGGGCGUUGGUGGCACAACCCAGUGGAAAGUGUGCAGUCUCAACCCUUCCACCACUUUGGGCAUUUAUUUUGAAGUGGUGAAUCAGCACAAUGCACCAGUCCCCCAGGGUGGCCGAGGAGCAGUCCAGUUUGUAACCCAGUACCAGCACUCCAACACUCAGAGGAGGAUACGCGUCACCACAAUUGCAAGGAACUGGGCAGAUGCACAAUCCCAAAUUCAGCAUAUUGAGUCAUCAUUCGAUCAAGAAGCCGCCGCUGUGCUCAUGGCUCGACUGGGAGUGUUCCGAGCAGAGUCGGAGGAGGGGCCUGAUGUCUUGCGGUGGCUUGACAGGCAGCUAAUUCGCCUGUGCCAGAAGUUUGGUCAAUUCAAUAAAGAUGAUCCUACAUCUUUCAAGCUGUCAGAGUCCUUGUCACUUUACCCUCAGUUUAUGUUCCACUUGCGGCGGUCGCCCUUCCUGCAGGUGUUUAACAACAGCCCAGAUGAGUCCUCCUAUUACAGGCACCAUUUCGUCAGGCAGGACCUCACACAGUCGCUCAUCAUGAUCCAGCCCAUCCUUUACUCGUACUCCUUUUAUGGCCCACCUGAGCCUGUACUUCUGGACAGCAGCAGCAUUCUGCCUGAUCGAAUCCUGCUGAUGGACACCUUCUUCCAGCUUGUUAUCUACCAUGGCGAGACCAUAGCCCAGUGGCGAAAGGCAGGAUACCAGGAAAUGGCUGAGUAUGAAAACUUUAAACAGCUGCUACAAGCACCUCUGGAUGACGCGCAGGAGAUCCUGCAGACGCGCUUUCCCAUGCCACGAUACGUCGAUACAGAGCAUGGAGGUUCUCAAGCCCGCUUCCUGCUCUCGAAGGUCAACCCUUCCCAGACCCACAACAACCUUUACGCCUGGGGACAGGAGACUGGAGCGCCGAUCCUUACUGAUGACGUCAGCCUGCAGGUCUUCAUGGACCACUUGAAAAAACUGGCUGUGUCCAGCUCUACAUAGACCUGUCAACAUCCCACCACCUUACAACAUCCCCUGAGACAGUUAAACUUUUAGAUAAUUUCCCCUGGAAAAUCACAAAUGUCAUGAAUGCCAAUAUCCAGCUCUACAUAGACCUAUCAACAUCCCACCUUACAACGCUCCUAUUAAAACUAAGACAAUCUUGAGGUGACCUAGAACACUGUGGAGGAGCACAAGGAUGAUGGUAAAGACCUCUGAAUCAAAGUGCAGGAACGCAGAACAUGAGUGGAGAAAAAUUAAACUCCAAAUUGACGAUGACCACUGCAGACAAAGUCUUUGUAAUUUUAACCAAGGCUUCGUCAGGGCUACACAGCAACAUUUUUCUGAAAUCAUCAGUAAGACCUUAAAUAAUACUCUCACUCCAUUUGCUGUGGUUGACAAGCUCACAACCCCCCUGAAUCAGAUUGCUCCAGAACUCCUAAUAGCAGAUAAAUGCAAUGAAUUUGCUUAUUUUAGUGGAAAAAAAAUACAAUCCAUCAUGUUAAAUAUGAGCACAAAUCAGCAAAAUGAUAAAAUGAUACUACAUCUGAAGCCACACAGCAAAAACUCUAUUACCAUGUCAGAAUUUGAUUGUUGACCAAAACACUGUAGAGAAAACUAUUCAGCAGCUGAAACCAUCAACAAGCUGUCUUGACUCAAUACGAUCUGACUUUUUCAAAGCUAUUGUAAAGUAGCUGCCAUUAAGCCUCUUCUAAGUAAAUAGAACGCUGGAUGGUUCCAUGUUAGCAAGCUAUCCACCCAUCUCAAAUCUUCAUUUCAUAGCCAAGAUUGUUAUUUUAAAUUAACUCAGCAAUUUUUUGAACGUAAAUUGACUUUUUGACAAAUUUCAAUCAGGUUUUCGAACUGUACACAGUACAGAAUCUGCUGUUAUCAAAGUGCUAAAUGAUAUAAGGUUGAAUACUGACUCUGGAAAGGUGUCAAUUCUGGUCUUGUUGGAUCUCAGUGCGGCUUUUGAUACGGUCGAUCAUAAUAUCGUAUAAUAUCAGGUCGGUAACGUGGGUAGGACUAAAUGGAAAGUUCUUAAAUGGUUCAGGUCCUACCUGGAGAAAAAGAGUUAUGUUGGAAGUGUUCCCUCCUGUUCAGCCUGUAUAUACUACCCUUGGGUCAAAAUCUUCAGAACUUUAAUUUUGACUAUCAUAGCUAUGCAGGUGACACACAGUUACAUCUAGCAGUGUCUCCAGAUGACUGCAGUUCAAUUGAGGUGUCGUGUCACUGUCUAAAAAAGAUAAAUAACUGGAUGAGCCAAAAUCUUCUUCAAUUAAACCACAACAAAACUGAGAUAAUUGUUUUUUGGCAAUAAAGAAGAGAGGAUAGUUAGUAAAUACCUGUAGUCAGUCACCAACCAAAGACCAAUUCCAAAACUUUGGUGUGCUGAUAGAUUCCGACCUUACUUUCAGCAGUCAUAUCACAUCAAUUAUUAAAACUACCAUCUGAAGAACAUAUCCUGAGUGAAGGCUUGCAUGUGGCAAGCAGACCAUGAGAAGCUCAUCCAUACUUUUAUCUCAAUUAUACUUGACUAUUGUCAUCGUCUUCUGACUGGACUCCCCAACGAGCAUAAACAGCUCCAACUCACUCAGAAUUCUGCAGCUCGGGUUCUGACCAGAACAAAGAGGUCAGAGCAUAUUACUCUUAAUUCUAAAGUCUUUACACUGGCUCCCAGUCACCUUUUAGGGUAGAGUUCUGCUACAGGUCUAUAAAUCACUUAAUUGUUUAGGUCCUGAAUACAUGAAAGAAAUGCUCAUGCAAUAUAAACCCAGUAGGGCUCUGAGAUCGACAGACUCAAGUCAAAUAGUGGAACACAGAGUCCAAAGCAAACAUGGUGAAGCAACAUUUAGCUAUUAUGCUGCACACAAAUGGAAUAAGUUGCCAACAGAAGUGACGUCAGGACCAAGUGUGAAUGUUUUUAAGUCCAGGUUAAAAACUAUUUAUUUUCUCAUGGUUUUUAGAACAUUUUCCUCUUUUAAACCUUUUAAAUUUCUUGCACUGUACGCUGUUUUAAUUGUACUUUUUUCCCCCCCCUUUGUUUUAAAUGUAGGCGGCAUGGUGGAUAACUGGUUAGCACGUCUGCCUCACGGUUCCGAGGACCCAGGUUAAAAUCUGGCCUCGCCUGUGUGGUGGGCAUGUUUCUUCCCGUGCCCGUGUGGGUUUUCUCCGGGUACGCCGGUUUCCUCCCACAUCCCAAAAACAUGCAUGCUAGGUUAAUUGAAGACUCUAAAUUGCCUGUAGGUGUAAAUGUGAGUGUGAAUGUUUUUUUAUAUAUAUAUAUGUGCCCUGCAAUUGGCUGGCGACCAGUUCAGGGUGUACAUCGCCUCUUGCCCAGAGUCAGCUGGGAUUGGCUCCAGCACGCCCGCGACCCGAGUGAGGAUAAGCGGUACAGAAGACGAAUGAAUGAAUGUUUUAAAUGUUUAUAGGCUGUUUUUUUUUUAUCUUUGUUUUUAAAUGCUUUUAAUCAUGUAAAGCACAUGGAUCUAUCUUGUGUGUGUGAAAUGUGCCGUAUAAAUACAUUUGCUUUGCUUUACUUUACCAUGGCGGAACACAAGGAAUUGACUAGACAUUCCAGUUCAGCUGUCAGCAUCCAAUGUCUGGCUCCAAACGUUCACCUCCUUUUAUUUUUCUCCGUCUUGACUCAUGUGUGACCUUUCCAGUGUGCAAAUAGGAAAUUCUCAAUUUCUCUUAUAUAUUUGAUAUGACCUUUGACAUGCAAAGUGAUUCAAAUAAUCUGUUUUUUGUUUUAAGUAUCUGUUGCAGCACACAAAAGUGCUGCUUAAUGAAAACAAAUGUUUGCUUUGUCUCGAACUAAAUAAAUUAAGUCAAGAAAAUGUAUCCUUAAUAAAUGGUAAUGUAUGUACAUGUAA